AUGGAGGUUUUCAAGAGAAAGAUCCUUCAAAGAGUCCUUGUCAAUGACAUACCUCUACUGCUACCUCUCCUAACAGCCUUAGUGGAACCAGAAUCUCAAACUCAACUCAUCGAAACUCUCAAUGACAUAAUUCCUCAUAAUCCGUACUAUGCGCGGAUGGUUCUCAAGAAAGUGAUCGAUUCCAUUGAACAACACCUCGAUCCCACGGAACUAGACUUCGAUAUUGGUGAAUAUUACAACCUUUAUGUGCCGCUUCUUUCAGCGAUACCAUUAUCGGCAGAUGAACCAGAACCAAUCCAGUAUUCUUUGACUUUGACGUCUCCGGGGUUGACGGUGGCCGAGACUCCAAGGCUAUUGAACGGUGCAGGCACCACUGGAAGACGUACCUGGGCGGCGUGUUUGUAUCUUUCGGAAUGUUUAGUGUAUCGAUUCCCUGAGUUUCUUGAUGGUGAGCAGAAAAAUCAAAUCAAAGUAUUAGAAUUGGGAGCGGGCACCGGAGUGUUGAGCCUUACCCUUUUGAAAAAUUUUAAAGAUCAAUUGGCAAAAGUUUACAUGACCGAUGGUGAUAGCAAGGUGUUUGAACAAACUCGGGAUAAUUUCCAAAAUAAUGGGGUCGAUACCAAUGAUGAUCGAGUGCAAAUGAUGGAGUUAUGGUGGGGGGAAACCACGGAAUCAGCGGUACCGGAGUGUGAUUUAGUGGUGGCCGCCGAUGUCACUUAUGAUUCGGCAUUUUUGAGUGAUUUGGCAACAACCUUAGCGGUGGCAAUCAAUAAAGGGGCCAUAGGGUUAGUGGCGGCAACCGUGAGAAAUGAAGCCACGGUAAAAGAGUUUGAAAAUGAGCUUGAUCAACGAGGACUCCGAUGGGAAAUAUGGCAGAGUGAAGCGCAUCCUGGUGAGAGAAAUAAAGACGACGCUUUGGUGUUUUUCAAUAAGAAUUCCCCGGAAAUUAGAGUAUAUAGGAUAUAUCAAUAG